CCCUUCCCACCGGGGCCCCCCAUGAUGCCACCACCCUUCGUAAGUUUUAUGUCUUUCCCUGGGCUUGGCUUUUCCAGCCUGCACCCCCAACUCCCCAGUCCCUAGCUCUGCUGCAUCGCCAGCAUGGUUUUUGUGUAACUCCCCUUCUGUUACCUUUGAAAGGUGAUGGUUUGGAAAAGGGAUGGUUUUGCUUGGGUAUUGGGUGGGAGGAGUUGCUGCUGAGCUCUCCGUCCAUAAAGUUGACAGUCGUCCCUUUGUCUUUCUGUCCGUGGGACGCUGGGGUUGGGCAGGAGAAGUGGCGAGGAAAAGACCCUGAGAGCGAGGGCCGGAUGGCUGUCUUUUUCCUUCACUGCUCCUCGUCUGUGUUCCUUAAAUACGCCACACAAGUUAGGCUGGAACAACAGUUGGUGAUCUUCGAAUUGGAGAAAAAUGGGAUGCAGAACGGGGCAGUUUGGGCACCUGGACACCUGCCUCUGGCCCUGCAUCUGAGCGGCCUCUUUGGGGAGAGCUGCUGAAGAGGUGGAUUUCUUCCAGCCGCAGUCUGGUGGCAAUUACACUUCCUUUUCCCUCUCCAUUCCCUACCUCUCAGGAGCUGUAUGCUUGCCUGUUAGACCCCCAGGAACCCCCAGUUAUCAGUCUUUCUCAGUAGUGAGGAGGGAGGCAGUUUCAUGCUUUAUAUUCCUCAAACUACAGCUCAGGAAUUGCCUCAGAGCCGGGGUAGAGGUGGGGUGGGAGACAGAUGGGUUUCCUGACAGGUCCAAGGCAGUGUCUUUACUGCUCAGUAUCUCUUCUUUUCCUCAUUUUCAGAUGCCCCCUCCAGGAAUCCCCCCACCCUUUCCUCCCAUGGGGCUACCCCCCAUGAGUCAGAGACCACCAGCCAUCCCCCCCAUGCCACCUGGCAUCAUGCCCCCCAUGCUUCCACCAAUGGGAGCACCACCUCCUCUCACACAGAUACCAGGAAUGGUACCUCCAAUGAUGCCAGGAAUGCUGAUGCCAGCGGUGCCUGUCACCGCAGCGACGGCUCCGGGUGUGGACACCGCCAGCUCUGCUGUGACUGGGACAGGCCCUCCGAGAGCCCUGUGGAGUGAGCACGUGGCCCCCGACGGGCGCGUCUACUACUACAAUGCCGACGACAAGCAGUCUGUUUGGGAGAAGCCCAGCGUGCUCAAGUCUAAGGCAGAGCUGCUGCUGUCCCAGUGUCCCUGGAAAGAAUACAAGUCAGAUACAGGCAAACCUUACUACUAUAAUAACCAGAGUAAGGAGUCGCGCUGGACCCGGCCCAAGGACUUGGAUGACCUGGAGGCUCUGGUCCAUCAGGAGGCUGCAGGGAAACAGCAGCCGCAGCCACAGGCCUUACAGCCGCAGCCUCCUCAGCCGCAGCCUGAGCCACCUCCUGCGCCUCCUGGCCCCACGCCAGUGCCCGCGGACCUCCUCGAGCCUGAGCCAGGUGGGAGUGAAGAUGGCGAUGUGUCAGAGGCCGCCCAGCCCCUGGAGCAGGGCUUCCCACAGCGGCCAGAGGAGGGCCCCAGCAGUUCUGCUGGACAGCAUCAGCCACCCUCGCAGGAGGAAGAAGAAUCAAAGCCAGAACCAGAGAGGUCUGGCCUCAGUUGGAGCAGCCGGGAGAAGGCAAAGCAGGCCUUCAAGGAACUGCUGAGGGACAAGGCUGUCCCCUCCAAUGCCUCGUGGGAGCAGGCCAUGAAGAUGGUGGUCACCGACCCCCGUUACAGUGCCUUGCCCAAACUGAGUGAGAAAAAGCAGGCAUUCAAUGCCUACAAGGCGCAGCGGGAGAAGGAAGAGAAGGAAGAGGCCCGGCUUAGGGCUAAGGAGGCCAAGCAGACCUUGCAGCAUUUCCUGGAGCAGCAUGAACGCAUGACUUCCACCACCCGCUACCGGCGGGCAGAGCAGACCUUUGGGGAGAUGGAGGUCUGGGCGGUGGUCCCCGAGAGGGAUCGGAAAGAGGUUUAUGAUGAUGUCCUCUUCUUCCUGGCCAAGAAGGAGAAGGAACAGGCCAAGCAGCUCCGGCGCCGUAACAUUCAGGCUCUGAAGAGUAUCCUGGAUGGGAUGAGUAGCGUCAACUUCCAAACUACAUGGUCCCAGGCUCAGCAAUAUCUUAUGGAUAACCCCAGCUUUGCUCAGGACCAUCAGCUGCAGAACAUGGACAAGGAAGAUGCACUGAUAUGCUUUGAGGAGCACAUCCGAGCACUGGAGAGGGAGGAGGAGGAGGAGAGGGAGCGCGCUCGGCUUCGGGAGCGGCGCCAGCAACGCAAGAACCGGGAGGCCUUCCAGACCUUCCUGGACGAGCUGCACGAGACAGGGCAGCUGCAUUCUAUGUCCACCUGGAUGGAGCUGUACCCAGCCGUCAGCACUGAUGUCCGCUUUGCCAACAUGCUGGGCCAGCCGGGCUCCACCCCUCUGGACUUGUUCAAGUUCUAUGUGGAGGAGUUGAAGGCACGGUUCCAUGAUGAGAAGAAGAUCAUUAAGGACAUCCUUAAGGACCGGGGCUUCUGCGUGGAGGUGAACACAGCCUUUGAGGACUUCGCCCACGUCAUAAGCUUUGACAAGAGGGCGGCUGCGCUGGACGCAGGCAACAUCAAGCUGACCUUCAAUAGUCUGCUGGAGAAAGCGGAGGCCCGGGAGAGAGAGCGGGAGAAGGAGGAGGCGCGAAGAAUGAGGCGCAGGGAAGCUGCCUUCCGAAGCAUGCUGAGGCAGGCCGUGCCCACUCUGGAGCUGGGCACUGCCUGGGAAGAGGUCCGUGAACGUUUUGUGUGCGACUCAGCCUUUGAGCAGAUCACCCUGGAGUCGGAGCGGAUCCGGCUCUUCCGGGAGUUCCUGCAGGUACUGGAGACCGAAUGCCAGCACCUCCACACCAAAGGCCGAAAACAUGGCAGAAAGGGCAAGAAGCACCACCGCAAGCGUUCCCACUCGCCCUCAGGUUCGGAGUCAGAAGAGGAGGACCUGCCCCCGCCAUCUCUCCGGCCCCCCAAGCGGAGAAGGCAGAACCCCUCAGAGUCGGGCUCUGAACCCUCUUCCUCACUUGACUCAGUUGAAAGUGGGGGUGCUGCCCUUGGAGGACGGAGCUCCCCAUCCUCCCACCUUCUCCUCGGAUCCGGACUUGGCGUUUUUCUGCCCCCAGAUCAUGGCCUUCGGAAAGCCAAGAAACCAAAAAAGAAAAUGAAGAAGAGAAGACACAAGUCGAACAGUCCCGAGAGUGAGACAGACCCCGAGGAGAAAGCUGGCAAGGAGAGCGAUGAAAAAGAAGCAGAGCAGGACAAGGAUAGGGAGCUCCGGCGGGCAGAGCUCCCUAACCGCUCUCCAGGCUUUGGAAUCAAGAAGGAGAAGACGGGGUGGGACACGUCGGAAAGUGAGCUGAGCGAGGGCGAGCUGGAAAGGCGGCGGCGGACACUCCUGCAGCAGCUGGAUGACCACCAGUGACCCGACGAGCUGCUCGGCCUCGGGUCUGUGUGAGGCUGUGGCUCCCAGCUCACCCUCGCCAUCUGCCCCAGCCUCCUUCCUUAGUUGGUCCGUUUCCACUCUUCCUCGAGUCACCCCACUCCCCACACUACUGCCGGCACCUUCCCAGGUGGCUUGUGGUGGCCAGGGGUCCCCCACUUCCCGGACGACUAGCGCAGCCCUCGCCCUCGACCCCAGGCAGACUGGCGGUACCUGCUGUGUGGGGAGGGUGGUGCCAGUAGAUAAAAUGUGAGAAGGGGCUCCGGGGAAGCGACAGGCCGGUGGACACAGCCAGGGUGGCAGAGGGCGGGGUCCUUACCCUCUUAGCAUCAGUGCCUGCUCCUGCCUGCCGGGGCCCUGGGCUCCACUACUUCCUCCUCCAGCCCCAGAACCCAGUGUAUGUGUGUUUGGUUUUGGUUUUUUAAAUAACAAUAUUUAUAACA